CCGGGGGAAGGUCUCUGUCUGACUGAGUCCAGCAGUAAAACUUUUCUCCGUUCACCUCCAGCUGCUUCACUUCUAGUCGUUCUGCGCCACCAUGUCCGGAGUCGCCUCCACUCUGGCCAAACAGCGGGCCUUGGCCGCGGGGUUCGGCAGCAACUCCAACGCGGUUCCGUACCUGAAUCAGAACUUUGAGGCCCUGCGCUCUCAGUGCCGCUCCUCCGGGCAGCUGUUCUGCGACCCCACCUUCCCGGCCGAACCAGAAUCUCUUGGCUUUAAGGAAUUGGGUCGAAACUCAUUCAAGACCCGCGGAGUCAUUUGGAAGAGACCGACGGAGCUGGUCUCAAACCCGGAGUUCAUCAUGGGUGGCGCCACCAGGACUGACAUCUGUCAGGGAGCUCUGGGUGACUGCUGGCUAUUAGCAGCCAUUGCCUCGCUGACGAUGAACGAGUAUGUGAUGGCACGAGUCGUUCCAUCAGACCAAGGAUUUGGAGAUGAUUAUGCAGGAAUCUUCCACUUUCAGUUCUGGCAAUUUGGUGAGUGGGUGGACGUGGUGAUUGACGAUCGGCUGCCAGUUAAAGACGGAGAGCUGAUGUUCGUGCACUCGGCAGAAGGCCGGGAGUUCUGGAGCGCCUUGCUGGAGAAAGCUUACGCUAAGAUGAAUGGCUGCUAUGAAGCACUGUCUGGUGGUUCCACCACUGAGGGCUUCGAGGAUUUCACUGGGGGCAUUGCAGAGAACUAUGACCUCAACCAGCCACCGCCUAACCUGUUCCAGAUUAUCAAGAAGGCGCUUGAGGCUGGAGCUCUGCUGGGCUGCUCCAUCGACAUCACCAGUGCUGCAGACUCCGAGGCUGUUACUCGUCAGAAGCUGGUGAAAGGCCACGCCUACUCACUGACGGGUGCUGUGGAGGUGAACUACCGUGGGCGUCAGGAGAAGCUAGUGAGAAUGAGGAAUCCCUGGGGUCAGGUAGAGUGGACUGGACCCUGGAGCGAUGGGUCCUCUGAGUGGAACUACGUUCAGGGCGACUGUCCUCAUGCCAAUGCAGAGGAUGGGGAGUUCUGGAUGGCGUUCACUGACUUCCUGCGGCACUACUCCCGCAUAGAGGUGUGCACUCUGACCCCCGACACUAUUGGAGACGACUCUGUCAAACACUGGAGUGUUAGCAAGUUUGACGGCAACUGGAGGAGAGGGUCCACAGCCGGAGGCUGCAGGAAUCAUCCUUGUGAGUAUCAGACCGAUGUUUCUCUGCAGUUCCGCGGACAGACGCAGGUCCACCUGGAUAAAAACUUCUUCUUGACCCACGCUCAGACGGCCAGGUCAGAGACCUUCAUCAACCUGCGGGAGGUGACCUCCCGCUUCAAGCUGCCGCCUGGAGAAUACCUGAUCGUCCCAUCCACCUUUGAGCCACAUCAAAAUGGAGAUUUCUGCAUCCGAGUUUUCUCCGAGAAGCAGACAGAGACAGUGCCGUGUGAUGACCCGGUCAGUGCAGAGCUCACGGACGAGACGGUGUCGGAUGAGGAAGUAGAUGCAGGGUUCAGAAACUUGUUCUCCAAACUUGCAGGAGAUGACAAGGAGAUCUCUGCAUGCGAACUGAGGACCAUCAUGAACAAGAUUGUCGGCAAACGAACUGACAUCAAAACGGAUGGAUUCAGCCUGGAGACCUGCAGGAUCAUGGUCAACCUGAUGGAUGACAGCGGGAACGGAAAGCUGGGCCUUGGAGAAUUCGCCACUCUGUGGAAGAAGGUGCAGAGAUACCUGUCAAUCUAUAAGCAGAACGACACAGAUAACUCUGGAACGAUGAGCACUCCGGAGAUGAGGGUGGCCUUUAAAAAUGCAGGUUUCACCCUCAACAACACUAUUUACCAGCUGCUGGUGGCCAGAUACUCUGAAACAGACAUGACCAUCGACUUUGAUAACUUUGUGGGGUGCCUGAUGAGGCUGGAGAUGAUGUUCAAGAUCUUCAAGAAACUGGACAGCGAAGACAGCGGCUCCAUUGAGCUCGACUUUAAUCAGUGGUUAAACUUCGCCAUGAUCUGAACCAGAACCUUUCUGGGUCGGUCCAUCGCACCGUUUACAGCUUUAGCUUCUCUUUCUGAUACAGUUUCUGACAUUUUUAUGAGUAUUUUAUCUUCUACACCAACUGUCUCAUAAAGCCAAUAAAUGUACCUACAACACA